AUGGCAGUCUUGGAGAGUCUGACGACCUUUGUUUCGCUGUUCCUGCUGAUGUCGCCCAUGGUGCAGAUCCAGAAAGUGAGACAAAGUCAAGGCCAGUCGCUUGUGGAGGUGAAUCCUUGGAAUCUCCUUGCCAUGUCUUCCAACAGUGCUCUAUGGCUUUGCUACGGACUUUUCUUGCCUCUUCCACCUGCGGUGCUUUGCAAUGUCUUUGGACUGUCGGCUUGUUGCUACUAUUUGUCUAUUUGCUGGUACUAUGCCGGAGGAGAAGUAUCCCACUCGAUGUCCAACUGGGGCGCGGCAGCUCGCAGAGGCACUCUCGGGACAGUUCUUUUCUCCUUGUCCUGCUUUCUCUAUGCAGCCUCUUCGCAUGAACAUGCGCAGAAGAUUGGCUAUUUAGCGAUGGUCGUGAAUGUCCUCAUGUAUGGAGCUCCGCUCUCAGUGAUCAAGCAGGUGGUCAUGGAGCGAAGCUCAAGGAAACUGCCUCCCUUGCAAUGCGUGUUAUGCUUCUUUUGUAGCCUUUUGUGGCUUGGCAUUGGCCUAGAACACCGCGACGUGCCCAUUAUUUUGCCCAACCUUUGUGGUCUUCCAUUGGCGGCGCUUCAAUUGGCGCUAAUCUGGCGAUACCCACCUGGCACGGCACGAACUGGUCAUGAAUGCGAUGAUGCUGACUUUACUCAGUCACGAAGCCCGCUGGUCGAAAUGCAGAAGUACAUCAUCCCCUUGUCCGCCUUCAAAAGGUAUGGAGCACUGUCUAUUGACCAGCUGAAAUAUGUGAAGCUCCAUGAAGAUGAGUGCUUGGCUUGA